AUGGCUGCUCAGCCCGGGUGCUGGUUCAGAGGCGCCCGUGCCUCUCGGCCAGCGGAGAAUGUUCCUAAUCGUUCUGAGAGCGGCCUGACCUCCACUCCCAGGCGGGAGGAGCUGACCAGCGAGGGAGCCACACCCAACGAGAGGGGGACAUCCAGUGGGCAGGCCGAGGUGGCCUGCAGAGUGUGCCCAUUUCACAGGCUGGCCGCACGUGCCCAGCUGGCUCUGGAUGACCAAUCAAUCAAUCAGGACAGCCCGGCACGCAGUGUCCGUGAGGAAGCCCGGAGCCACGUCUGCGUGCUGGGACCAGGCCUGCAGAACAGGGCUGUGCCCUGGGACCCAGGGUGGGCCACCACCACGCUGGGGAGACUCAGCCUGGGGCCCCCUGAGCUGCCCGAAAUCCACGAGCUUCCUGGAGGCUGCCUCCAGCCGGGGUCCCAGAAGCGGGACACAGCGCCAGUGUCGCGGGCACCUGUCUGCCCAAACGACCUCUCGGGGACCAGGCAUGACCUGGAGAGAGCCCAAAGCGUGUGCGUGCGUUUGGGGCCGGCUGCUGGCCGCAUCCACGCCGCAGGGCUGUGCUCCCAGGGGCUGCACGCUGGGCCCUGGCUGGGCCACUCCUUAACCAUCACUGUUCGCCCCCCCACGCCCUGCUCCACGCCGCUGCCUUGCCGCGUCUAUGUGGUCGGCCCCCUCGCGGCCUGCCCCUCCGGCGCUUCCUGCCUGAACCCCAUCCUGGACUGCCCUCGAGCGUCACUGGAGCACAUGGACUUCCCCACCAAUGACAUUCCAGGGCCACCUGCUCUUCCAGAACCUUCCCGCAUCAAGGGGUGGGGCGCCACCUUGCAGGCAGCCUUCCCCAGGACAGGCUCCAUGCCAGCGUCCUACCUAGAGCCGUCACAGCUGGCCUGGGAGGAGGUGGGGGACAUAACCGUCCCCCGUUCUGCAGCGGGAGACCAGAGGCUCCGGCUCAAGCAGGGCCCAGGCAAGACUGAGCCCAGGCUGGUCUCAACCACUCUCGGCCAAGCAGAGAAGCAUCUGCUCAGCCUGGACACUCUCCCCGAUUCCAGGCCUCACCCGGCCCUGACUGGCAGCGGGCUCCACACCUGGGCAGCCACAGCCCUCAUCAGCGUCAGCUCGGCCCUCAGACUAGACCCGCCGCCCCUGCGGCUGCCUCCCUGCCUGACCGCCCACGGUGACUGGCGUGGAAUUGCCCCGCGCAGCUUCUCCCUGGAUGCUGACCGGGCGGGCCAGCAGCGCCUUGAAGGUCAUGCCCAGUGUGACCCUCAGCCGUCCGGCUGGAGGUGUGGUGUCCCGAGGCAGGAAGCCAAGCUGGGCGGCGUCAGACGCGGCGGCCCUAGGGACAGCGAGCUCCCCAUCGCCGGUGGUUCAAGCAGCAGCAGGACAGCUGCGGGUCGGGGCAUGACGCGAGCAUCACCGGCUCCACCGGGAGCAUCACCAGGGGCCUCCAUCUCCGCCUCCGUCAUCAGGCCGCUUCCUGUCCCUGCUACGCUGGUCACCAUCGCCGCCAGCAUCCUCACGCUCGGGUUCAGCAGCAUCACGCUCACCGGCACCAUCGGCUCCCGCUCUGAGUGCACCCGCUCCCAGGCCUACAUGAGUGCUGGCCCCUCCCCCCAGGGCUCUGCCCACCUUCACUCAUCGUCCCCAGCCUCCUUCCCGAUCGCGACUCCCCGGAUUCCUACCCGCUCGCCCACUAGCCAGACACAAGCGGCCCCCAGUGACCGCCAGAGCGGCGCUGCCCUCCUCAGAGCCCCCUCUGCAGCCCUGAGCCAGCACCGCCCGCCCUGCCUCCCGCGGGAGACCCUCAGCCCUGGCCUCCUGCUCACCAGACCGUUAACCAGGACCGUGCCCUGCGACCCGGGGGCCGGCAAACCCCCGCCUCAUCGACGUCCUCCCAGCAGUCCCAAGACCAGGCAUGACCACCCCCGGACUCGGGCCUGCUCGGGGGCGGGCAUCCUGGAUGAGGAGCUGCGGGCGGGGCUCUGCCUUCGCCCCCCAGCAGAGGGCCGACAGAGAUUCCCCCGAGACAGUGCCAGCGAGCAGAGCCGCCCCCACCGCCAGACCGGGGCUCGGGGCUCGGGGCUCGGACAGGCUGCCCAGGACGGCCCAGCCCCGGCCUGUGCUCUGGCCCUCCACAGCAUGUCCAGCCACCCCGCCCCGCGCCCCCCGCCUCCCGCCGCGCCUGUGCCGGCCCCUGCCCUGGGCCCGCCCAGUCGGCCUAUUCAUCGCACACACGUCUGUGACAAGCACACGCUGGGUGCCUGCUGGACGCUCCUGGUGCUGCUGCCUCGGGCCCCUGUACCCCGCAGUCAAGGGCCCCGGGCCGGCCCCCCGCAGCUGGGUGAAGGUCCACGUUCCCGAGUUUGCCCUGAGAAGCCCCUGAAAGGCUCGCCCCAGCGGCCCCGUCCCAGUAAGGAAGCUGGCCCAGCCUUCCGAGGGGAGCCAGCAGCCCGGCUCCGCCUGGUGCUCUGGGAAGCCCCCACCCCCAGCGCUCCUGACUCUGACCCUGGGGGGCACAACCCUGGGACCUGCGUCUACAGCCCUCUCGUCACCUGGGCGGCUGGGAGCCGGAAAAGAAGCCACGGCAGUGGGGGGCCUGGACACCGCAGCCAGAGAGCAGCCCCUGCCGGUCACAACCAGAGAAAGCCCUGCAGCGAGCACGGGGACAUCGGGGGCAUUCCGGAGGGGGCUGGCUCUGAGGGGUGCCCCACGGCUUUGCCCGGGGCCCUGCAGCAGAGGGGGCCACAGCCGCCCCCAGGGGGCCUGCAUGAUGCCCGGCCCUCGACGGCCGCCCCUCCCCUGCCUCACCCCCGACGCCCACGCUGGGUGCACCUCCCGACGGCCACACUUCUCAGGCUCUCCUCCAGGGCAGAGACGGGAAUGAUGGGCAGCCCUCCAGGCAGUCUCUGGGGGCACCCCCACCCCGUGCCCAUCUCCCCGGCUGUGGUCGCUACGGCCCCUGCCCCGGGCCCUCCGCUCCACCCAGAACGCUCCUGUUGUCCUCGCUGCACCUGCUCUGGGCCGGAGAGCCUGCCGGCCGGGAUGGACAGCCCUGGGGUGACCCCGUGCACCAUCACGGGGGAGGGGCCCCCCGCCCGGGGCCCCCCGCCCGCCUGA